GGAGAAACAACAGAAGAAAUAGGACCUGUUGACACUUGCCUUGAGAUGGCGGAGCUUUCUCAAAGCCAGCAUUAUAUGGCAUUGGAUGAGCAGAAUCGGUCAUCCUCCAUGACAAAUGCAGAGCGGGCGAACCUUCCACAACCUUCCGAGCCAGUCAAUGAAUACACCUCUCUCUAUUCAUGGCCACUCUUUCGGGAGAUUCCAUUAGAGCUCGUGACUCUAGAAAAGGUCGUUGGUAAAGGGGCUUUUGGUCAGGUUGCUAAGGCAAAAGUCAGAGGCCUCCAGGGUAGACCAACGACGACACUAGUGGCUGUUAAGAUGUUGAAAGAGCACGCUUCUGAAUCGGACAGGAAGGAUUUGUUGUCUGAACUUCAAUUGAUGAAGGAACUCGAUGCCCAUCCUCACGUCAUUAAACUUCUGGGAUGUGUCACGAGAUCUGGACCAGUGAUGGUGUUAAUUGAAUAUGUUCCCUAUGGAGAUCUACUGGGAUACCUGAGAAAGAGCCGUGGAUUGAAUGACACUUACUUCCAAGACCCGGAUAUCAAACCAAAAACAAAUCUGACUUCAAAGCAGUUGAUGAAAUAUGCGUGGCAAGUUGCCGAUGGAAUGUCAUAUUUGUCAUCGAUACCAAUUAUCCAUCGAGACCUUGCAGCUCGUAAUGUAUUGGUUGGAGAAGGUGAAACGUGCAAAGUAACAGAUUUUGGUAUGGCCAGAGAUAUUCAAGAGGACAACAUUUAUCAAAUGAGGUCAAAGGGACGUAUCCCUUUAAAAUGGACUGCUUUUGAGGCGCUGCUGUACGGAAAAUAUUCCACAAAAAGUGACGUGUGGAGCUACGGAGUUCUCCUUUAUGAGAUUGUCACGAUUGGAGGCUCACCAUAUCCAGAGAUGGAUGGAGGAGAAAUUUUAACGUUGCUAGAAUCGGGAUACAGAAUGCCUAAACCACAACACGUGGAUGAUAAGUUGUAUGACAUAAUGACAAACUGUUGGAAAGAAGACCCUAACUUGAGACCAUCAUUUGAGAGUUUGAGAGACAAACUGAUAGACAUGGAAGAGCAGCACAAGGUAGAAUUGUGGACUUUACAAAGAGGUUUUUCAACCUUUGAUUGUUCUAAGUUUGAUCUCGCACGCACAAAGAUGCACAUGUGGAUUGUAAUUAAUCUCAAGUUACCAGAGUUUCAAAGCUAUUUUUAUGAAAUUAUGAGAUAAAAAUGACAGAUCGGAAUUCCACCCAUUGAUUUUGCACAAGUUCCAAAGCCUGAUCUGGAGACACGAGAAGUGAAUUGAUUAUGCAUUUCAUGAAAUUCUCAGAUCGAUCCAUAAGCGAAAAUCCGAAGAAAAUACGAAGUCCUAUUCGGGUAGUAAUAGUAAGUUCCUUUGGACGUUCAGUUGAGUUUGUCAACAGGUACACAGUAAUGUUCCUUACGUAUAUCUUUCAAUGAGAAUUGAAUUUUUCGAUAUACCACGGUAAAAUGUACUUGAAAAUGGCCUCAGUAUGGAGGCUUCGAACAUUUUAUUUUUCACUUUAUUUCGAGUAUUUUCAAACACAAUUCCACCACCAUCAUGCUUUUAAGUGCGAUUAAAAGUAAUUUUAAAAAGUUGAUCUAUUACAAGCUUAAAAGAGCAUCUGUACAAUACUUCAUAUACAUUACUGAUUUUUUUUUUUCCGUUGUUUUAUCAGCGGCUGAUAAACUUGGACAAUUACGAUGAUCAACUCUACGAUAACGUUGACGAUCUUGCCGUGUAAUGAGUUUAAUUUUUAUGGAGCAAAGGAUGGGAUGAUUAAUUUUGCAGCCCCAUGAGAUCUUAUACUGUUUUGGAUGUGAUGUUAACCUUUCAUUCUGUUUUAAUUAAGCAAGUAUGAAAAAUACACUUAGAAGUGGGGCAAAGUACAGCUUUCACAUAUUUUUGUAUGAAUUUUUGGGGUUUUAAGUACGCGUUUUAGUCUUGAUUAGAGAAAGGAUUUUGUCCACAACUAUAUUAAACUAGCAAGCUAUAAUUUUUUAUUAACGUUAUAGAUUUAAAUUGUUUCAGACUAAAUAUUUAGUUCCGAUUAAAUUUUCCAUAAUUGUUGUUAAAAUAACCUCCAAUAAAUAAGUGCUCAAUGAAUAGCCUGACAUGCGUGAUGGGUAUUGUUUUAUAUUUUCUCCCUUUGAACUUCUCUCCCAUGUAUGUCCAGUCCCACGGCUCUUAUCGAAUCAUGAAAUAUAUUC